AAGCCCCCGGCGCAGGACCCGGAUAUUUGUGUCUGCGCCGCCGCCAUCGUCCCAGCUGAUGGGUCGGGAUACACGCUCGCGCUCGCGGUCGACGGGUCGUAGGAGUCGCAGGGCCCGAAGGCGGCGGAGCCGGAGCGGGAGUCGAAGCCGACAUCGGAGCGGGAGCCAUGGGCGGCGAAACCGGCGGCGCCGGGACGACGAAGGGCGACGGAGGCGGCGAAGCCGGGAGCGCAGGUCGGAUUCAGAGGAAGACCAGUGGCAGCGGCGAGGAAGACAGAGCCGGAGCCCACAGCCACCUCAGUGGCGCUCACAGGACCAGUCCUCUCCGUCUGACUCAGGCAAUGAGCGGCAGUGGCAGCACCAGGGCCGCUGGGCCCGCCGCCGGAGGACCCGCUCUUGCUCCUCCUCAUCCAGCUCUGCAUCCCCAGACCACUCCCAGAGCUCGAGGGAGGUGGCUGCGGCCCUGAGCCAGCAACAGAACUUGCAGGAGCGGCUGCGGCUACGUGAGGAGCGGAAGCAACAGGAGGAGCUGAUGAAGGCCUUCGAGACGCCUGAGGAGAAGCGGGCCCGGCGCCUGGCCAAGAAGGAGGCCAAGGAGAGGAAAAAGCGGGAGAAGAUGGGCUGGGGUGAGGAAUACAUGGGCUAUACCAACACCGACAACCCCUUCGGCGACAACAACCUCCUGGGCACCUUCAUAUGGAACAAGGCCCUGGAGAAGAAGGGGAUCAGCCACCUGGAGGAGAAAGAGCUGAAGGAGCGGAACAAGAGGAUCCAGGAGGACAAUCGGCUGGAGCUGCAGAAGGUGAAGCAGCUCCGGCUGGAGCGGGAACGGGAAAAGGCCAUGCGUGAGCAGGAGCUGGAGAUGCUGCAGCGGGAGAAGGAGGCGGAGCACUUCAAGACGUGGGAGGAACAGGAGGACAACUUCCACCUCCAGCAGGCCAAGCUUCGCUCCAAGAUUCGAAUCCGGGAUGGACGGGCCAAGCCCAUCGACCUGCUGGCCAAGUACAUCAGCGCCGAGGACGAUGACCUGGCAGUGGAGAUGCACGAGCCUUACACUUUCCUCAAUGGCCUCACGGUGGCUGACAUGGAGGACCUGCUGGAGGAUAUCCAGGUAUACAUGGAACUGGAGCAGGGCAAGAAUGUGGACUUCUGGCGGGACAUGACCAUCAUCACAGAGGAUGAGAUCUCUAAGCUCCGCAAGCUGGAGGCCUCUGGCAAGGGCCCAGGCGAGCGACGAGAGGGCGUUAACACCUCGGUCAGCUCCGAUGUGCAGUUGGUCUUCAAAGGGAAGACGUACAGCCAGCUGCAGGUCAUCUUCCAGGGUAUUGAGGGCAAGAUCCGGGCCGGGGGCCCCAACCUGGACAUGGGAUACUGGGAGAGCCUUCUGCAACAGCUGCGUGCCCACAUGGCACGUGCCAGGCUUCGUGAGCGGCACCAGGACGUGCUUCGGCAGAAGCUCUACAAGCUGAAACAGGAGCAGGGCGUGGAGAGCGAGCCGCUAUUCCCCAUCCUCAAGCAGGAGCCCCCGUCUCCUGGCCACAGCCUGGAGCCUGAGGACCAGGCCCUGACCCCCCCAGGGCCCUCCUUGGAGGGUGGCCCCGUGGAGCCUGAGGCAGAGGAGGCCACACCGGCAGAGGGUGAAGCAGAGGGGGAGGCCGUGCUCAUGGAGGAGGACCUGAUCCAGCAGAGCCUGGACGACUAUGACGCCGGCAAGUACAGCCCCCGGCUGCUCACGGCCCAUGAGCUGCCCCUGGACGCCCACGUGCUGGAGCCCGACGAGGACCUGCAGCGCUUGCAGCUGUCGCGGCAGCAGCUCCAGGUCACAGGCGAUGCAAGUGAGAGUGCGGAGGACAUCUUCUUCCGGCGCGCCAAAGAGGGUAUGGGCCAGGACGAAGCACAGUUCAGCGUGGAGAUGCCCCUGACGGGCAAAGCCUACCUGUGGGCUGACAAGUACCGGCCUCGCAAGCCACGCUUCUUCAACCGCGUGCACACGGGCUUCGAGUGGAACAAGUACAACCAGACGCAUUACGACUUCGACAACCCCCCGCCCAAGAUCGUGCAGGGCUACAAGUUCAACAUCUUCUACCCCGACCUCAUCGACAAGCGCUCCACCCCCGAGUACUUCCUGGAGGCCUGCCCCGACAACAAGGACUUCGCCACCCUGCGCUUCCACGCCGGGCCGCCCUACGAGGACAUCGCCUUCAAGAUCGUCAACCGCGAGUGGGAAUACUCCCAUCGCCACGGCUUUCGCUGCCAGUUCGCGAAUGGCAUCUUCCAGCUCUGGUUCCACUUCAAGCGCUACCGUUACCGGCGGUGAUGGCCCUGCGUUUCCCCGACCACCUGACAGGAGUGUUAGGCUGGCAGCCUUCCCUGGCUGGUUCGCGGCCCACCUCCAGCUGGGCCUUCCCCUCGCAGCCUCACUUUCCCUGUGUGAACAGCAAGUCACCGUGGAACUGCCUCAGAGGCUUGAGGGGAGGACGGGAUGGCUGGCCCAGGAUUCUGACAUGCAGGAGGGGCUGCUGGGGGGACUCUUUGAGCCCAGGGAACCCAGCAAGUGUCAACCAACCUCCCUGUCCACAUGGGCAGAGUGAAGCCCAAGUCCCAUCUUAGACAAGCCCUGCAGUGCAGGCCUGGCGGGGGCGGGGGCGGGGAGGACAGCAUGGGGCCCAGACAUGGGGUACCGAGCUUUUGAGGAAAUCCAAGUUCAGAGCGUUGAUGGGCCCUUGGACAUAGCCGGCUGUUGCAGGGCCCACACUCCUGGCCCUUUCCCAGCGGCCUCCCUCAGUGCCCACACCAGUGGGACCGGACCCUUGUGCAUGUUCCAAAAGAGACCAUUUGAGGGACAUGCUACCCACCUCACCCCUGGUGCUGGCUGUGGGUCAGUCUCUCCCCAAAUGGGCAUGAAGGACACACCCACCAUCAGAUCUAGGAGCCAGGGGCCACUGAGCACCCAGGAGGCAGCCUCCGUGGUGCAGCUGCGAGGCCCGAUCUGGCCUGGGUGUUCCCCUCACCUCAGAACAGCUGUGUUCUUCAAGGCCACCUCCCAGCCACCACAGAGCUGCCUCCGUGUUCCUGUUUCAGACGAGGACAGUCACUCACCCAUAGUCAGACUGUCAGCGGUACAGCGGGCCAACCACCCAGAACAUUGCUGCUAGCGCUCUGUUAUGGAGACAUUUCCAGCCUAAAGGGCAAGAACCGGCACCAAACCCUGAAGUGCCACCUCCCGGCUCCUCAGGCAGCCCCGCCAGUACCCCAUUUCAUCUGGAAAUAUUGAGGUUGUUUAUCUAAAAAGACUUUUUUUAGGUGGGGAGGGGAAAUCUUGUUUAUUUUCAUUUAUUUGGUCUACUCAGUACAUUUUUAAAAAAUAAAUGCUCUAUUUUAGAAUA